CUAAUGUAAAUAUUUUCAUUUGUAUGUGAAAAAAAAGGAGUUGGGCAGCUGUUGUGCAGUUGUGAAUUUUGAUGAUAAUAUUGUUUGUCCGGUACUGGACGACAUUCUGGAUUACUUCACCAGGUUCUCACAAUUGAUUCGGGAACGGGAGAAAUACAGCCAUGGAAAAAAUUGAUCAAAUUCCCCAUCACGAAGCUAAGUUAGUAGAUCAAAAUGGCAUGUCCCGAAUCAUCAGGGUACCAAUAGUUCAAGAGCUCGCCCGCCGGGGGCUCGAUUUCUUGCCGGAAAGGUUCAUCAGAGUGUCGCCGGGAAAUGAAAUUGCAACACCUUCAGCUCACGAUUCCGGCGAAGCUUGUCAUCCUAUUCCAAUAAUAGACAUGAUUAAGCUUCGAUCUGAAGGGGAAGAGCUAUCCAAGUUAGCACGGGCUUCAAAAGAGUGCGGAAUGUUUUUGGUCAAAAACCAUGGAAUUCAAUCAGAAGUGUUGAGUGGGGUAAGGACAGCGGUGAAGGGGUUUUUCGGAUUGUCGUUUGAAGAAAAGAGAGCCAGUGUUGGAUCUUAUUCGAGUACGGAUAAUGUGGGAUAUGGUCGGAACUUCGUAAAAUCAGAAGAUCAACGUUUGGAUUGGAUCGAUCGUUUGACAAUGAAAGCUGCUCCGAAGGAUGCAACUCUCGGCCUCCGGGUCUGGCCUCAAAAUCCACCAAACUUCAGGGAAGCUAUUGAGAAGUAUGUUGAGUGUGCGAGGAAAAUUUGCGAUGAAUUACUUGAAGCACUUGGUGAAUCCUUAACACCGCCAGAAAAGAACGUUUUCCUGAAAUAUUUCGAAGAGGAAAGGAGUGAAAUCAAUGCCCGAGUGAAUUACUACCCGCCAUGCCCAAGGCCUGAUCUAGCAAUGGGCAUAAACCAGCACACGGAUGCAAGUGCCCUCACAGUUCUGAUUCAGUUUGAGAAUUCUGGAGGACUCCAGGUAUUCAAAGAGGAUGAAAUGAAAUGGUUUAGAGUUGAAUGGCCUGUUGAUGAUGGGGAGGAAUUAUUGUUGCUUGUAAAUUUUGGAGAUUUAAUGGAGAUCAUGAGCAAUGGCUGCUUCAAGAGCUCUUGGCAUCGUGCUGUUACGCAGAAGGAUGUUGAGCGAUUUUCAGUGGCCUUGUUCUAUAAUCCUCCGGCGGAAACUGAGAUUGAGCCUAUUGAAUCGAAGCAAAUCGAUGGUGUUUCUUAUAAGAAAGUUGUGGUGGGUGACUAUAUCAAGCAUUUCUAUGAUGUCAACCCCACUGAUACAAAAGAGGCCAUUAAGUUUGCUCUGUUGUAGAGGGAAAUAGGUUCUGCAUGUAAGGAGUAUUCAUUUAAGUAAAAGCGAGCAUGAGAAAUAAGAAUUGGUUAAUGUUGCCGUGUUAUGUGUAUUUUCUUUUUUCUGGAUUCUCCAUAAUCAUUGAUGAAAUAAGGUUGGUCAAUAAUGAUUGUAGAAACUAGAAAGUGCAAUUUGUUGAUUCAAAUAGUGUAUUUGCGAUAGCACUGAUUGGUAGAAUACAUUUGAUUGUGGAGAUACAAUCCCCAAAAUAGAUUUGCUUCUCGUCGAACAUCUUAAGGUCAUGAGCAACUAUUUUCCAGAUAACAUAUACUCCCUCUGUCCAUAAUUAUUGUCCAGU